UCUCAUUCUCAAUACUAAAUCCACCUCAAUCAUCAAUCUAUUCAAAUAGCCACAACAUAACCACUACACUACAUCAAACAAUGUCCACCUCCACCUUUUUCGUCUGCGGUGCCACCGGUACCCAGGGCGGCGCUGUGAUCAACCAUCUCCUCAAAGCCGGCGCCAAAGUCCACGCGAUAGCGCGCAACCUAGAUACCCCGGCGGCCCAAAACCUCCAAACCCGCGGGGUACACCUCACCCAAGGCGACUUCACCGACCUAGAAACCUUCAAACAAAGUAUGAAGGGCUGCACCGCGCUCUUUCUCAACCUAAUGCCCGACCUACGCAUCCCAAACAGCGAAGUCCACCAGGCCGAAAACAUUCUAUCUGCCGCCAAAGAAGCGGGAAUAAAACACGUCAUCUACUCUAGUGGGUUCUCCGUCAACGAGCCCCAACGCCUAAAAAAUUGGGACCCGAACAGUUUCGUGGCGAAGAUUCUACUCAACAAACAAACUGUCGAGAAUCAAGUCAGAACAGCUGGAUUCGAGUACUGGACUAUCUUACGACCUGGUAACUUCAUGGCGAAUUACUUGCAACCCCUCGUUCGGAUGUAUCCCGGUUUUGUUGAGACCGGCGUCUGGACUACGGCUCUGCUUCCUGAGACGAAGCUUCCGAUGGUGGAUCACAAUGAUAUCGGAGCCUUUGGAUCUGCGGCACUGUUUGAUCCUGUGAGAUUCCAUGAGAAAGAGAUCGAGAUUGCUUCCGAGUUCCUGCACGUGGAGGAUGUGACAAAGGCAUUGUCGCGUGCGACCGGCAGGGAUCUCAAACCGGUCUUUUUGUCGCAAGAGGAGGUGGAAAAGCAAGCUACGCAGAAUCCGUUUAUUGGGGGCCAGUUGCUGGCGCGCGAUAUGGCGCAGUUUGUAGAUCUGGAGGAAGUGAGAGCUUGGAAACUGCCUUUGGGGACAUUUGAGAAGUUUUUGGAGAGGGAGAAGGAGAUGGUUAAUGCGACCUGGUCUGCUUAGUGUGGAUUGGGUCGCUACGUGGGCUCAUCUUUUGAGUUAUAUAUUAUUUCCAUUUUUUCAUUUUAUUGUUGUCCUAGCACUAUGACGAAUAUACCGUGUUUCUUUACGUCUAAUGAAUCCCGAGGACAGUAGUAGUGCAUCUCAGUAGAUCCUUUUUAUUGCCCUAAACCAGUUAACUGGUUCCCAAGUAGAUAAAUGAUAUGACCGAUCUCGGCCCUCAGGCCAGUGACUUUUCACUACGGAAUAAUAAUGGAUACCCUUCAGUUUCCAUGUACUUAUGAUGUAGGGCUACGACACUCUUGACUCUUGAGCCUUGCAUGACUUAUCUCUCACCAAUAUAAGGAACAGUUCCAUGGCCCUGUCAUCUGUGAACGACUACGCAACUCAUGACUAGUUUACCUCAAAUAUACAGAUGCUGGAGUUGGUUUCUCUAGAAAAACAAUGGGUAUUUCGUAGGAUGUCAACUGGCACAUCAUGAUCCACUUUCCAAAUGAGGUUAGC